AUGACAGAUCCUGCGUGGCGCACUCGAGGCGAGGCCAAACGGCAGUCCAUCCUCAAUGCUAUCCCUGAGAAAUGGCAAUUGCGGGACCCUGUCCCUCCAGCCACCGAGCUCCGCGAUGUCACAGGUUACAUUCGACAAUAUCUGACAGACCGUGAGAUCGAAAUCACAGAGACAGAUGCAGUAGAUAUUGCAGCACAAACAACCACUGGGAACUGGUCCGCUGUCGAAGUCACGGAGGCCUUCUGUCACCGAGCUGCCCUAGCUCACCAACUCGUAAGCUGCCUCCAUGAAAUUCUUUUCGAAGCAGCCCUCCAAGACGCAAAAGACCAAGACGCCUACUUCGCAAAGCACAAAGCACCCAAAGGCCCCCUACACGGCCUCCCAAUAAGUCUAAAAGACCAAUUCCACAUCAAAGGCGUAGAAACAACAAUGGGCUACGUAGGCUGGAUAAAUACCUUCGAAGGCCGAGCCAACGACCCACGCCGCUGCACAGAAGAAAGCGAACUUGUCCGCGAACUCCGCAACCUAGGCGCAAUCCUCUACUGCAAGACCAGCGUCCCAGCUACUCUAAUGGCCGGCGAGACUGUCAACAACAUCAUUGGCUAUACCUGGAACCCUAAGAACCGUCUUCUCUCUUCUGGUGGUAGUUCCGGUGGUGAGGGGGCGCUUAUUGCAUUGCGUGGCUCUCCUGCAGGCUUUGGGACUGAUAUUGGCGGGAGUGUGCGUAUUCCUGCUGGGUUUAAUGCGCUUUAUGGGCUGAGGCCGUCAUCUGGUAGGAUUCCGUAUCAAGGUGCUGCGAAUUCGAUGGAUGGGCAGGGGACAAUUCUUUCUGUUAUUGGGCCUUUGGCGACAACAGCUAGGUCAUUGACGAUGUUGGUUAAGGCUGUUCUUUCGCAGAGCCCUUGGUUGCAUGACCCGCUGGCGUUGGAAAUGCCUUGGCGUGACGAUGUUGUUCUUGAGACGAAGACUUUGAUUGAGAGUGCUGUCGCUGGGGCUGGAUCGUCGCUUGCUUUUGGUGUUAUGAAGUGGGAUGGUGUUGGUCCUGUUCAUCCGCCUAUUGCGCGUGGUAUCGAUAUUGUGGUGAAGACUUUGCAGAGGCUUGGUCAUAGGGUUGUUGAGUGGAAGCCUCCUUCUCAUGCUACUGCUAUUGAGCUGUGUGCGAAAACAUUCAAUAUGGACGGUGGCGCAGAUUUCAGGCACCAUUUCGGUCUAUCCGGCGAAGAGCAAGCUCCGCAGGUAAUCGUUGUCAAAGACGGCAAGGAAAUGAAUGUGUCCGAGUUGGCUGCGCACAAUGUCGCCAAGCGCGUAUAUCAGAAACAGUACAUGGACUACUGGAACAGUACGGCUGAUCUCACAGGCACGGGCCGUCCUGUCGAUGGUCUUUUUUGUCCAUUGGCACCUCAUGCGGCUGUAAUUCCCACUCAGUAUGAGAGUGUCGGGUAUACUGGCUUCGUGAAUGUGCUGGACUAUACUAGUCUGGCGAUUCCGGUUACCUUUGCUGAUAAGACAGUCGAUGUGCGGCCGGCUGAUGGUUCGGCAGAUGGUUUAGAGUACAUCAAAUGGGAUUAUGAUGCCGAGACCUAUGAUGGGGCUCCAGUUGGGGUGCAGUUUGUCGGGAGAAGAUUACAGGAGGAGAAGAUGCUGACUUUGGCUGAGUACCUGGGAGAGGAAAUCGCUCGAGACGCGAAAGGAAGUGCCUGA